UCUGAAGCAGCAUGAGAGGUCCAUCUACAAGGGAAUGUCAUGCAACAGCAGCUCACGGCUGAAUCGGCAUCCAAGCAGCAGUGAGGUGACAAAAAGCGAUUCAUCCUGUGCAGCCUUGAGGAUUAACACUUUGUCUUCACUUUAAUUCCAGCUGGAGAAACUUUACGCAAACUACGGCCGAUUCUCCAAAACGCAGAUCUGGAGAGGGCUCGGUCGGUGAACUGUGACUAUUGCUCCCAGGAACCAGAAGUCCUUCUUGGUAAUUUGCGUUUUCGGGCGCGAGAUCUGGGCAGGGGCUUCGAAAAACCACGGCUGGUUUUGUCACGCAGAUACUCAACAGCUGUUGCUUCUGCCACCUCGACUUAAAGAGGAAAAAAAAAAAAAGCUACAGGAUGCAGAACUCGUACGAUCCUGACAAACUUGUUUGCAUUAAAGUGCUCUGUUCUUAGCAACUGGUGAGGAUGAGAGAUGGCGUGGCGACCUACCUGUAUUUGAUAAGUGUGUUUUUCACCUCGUUGGAGAGGAGAGCGCAGAGGGAAAAAGUGUGCAGGAGUGAGCAGGGGAGGGGAGAGUCAGCCAGGAAAGGUACGAGGCGAACGCUUUGAGAGGAGAAAUGACUCGCACCGCGGGGAGAAGAGACUGAGUGAUCGCUGCCAGACAGAAGGAGGAGGGAGGGAAAGAAAAUUAAGACUUGGUCAAACGCCCAUUUUGUUCUGGAGCGCCGUGGCUGCCACCUCGUCUUGAUGGGGACACAAAGAGAAGACUGACUACUAUUAAGGAAAAACUAAUAACAGAAGACAAUGGAUGUCCAUAACAGCACUUCAAGCAAUAACACAGUUCCCUACAGCCUCUUGGAGGUCAUAGCCAUCGCUACAGUGUCAGCCAUCGUCAGUCUGAUAACUAUAGUCGGAAACAUACUGGUGUUGCUCUCAUUCAAAGUAAAUAGCCAGCUUAAGACCGUGAACAACUACUACCUGCUUAGUUUGGCCUUUGCUGACCUCAUCAUAGGAGUGCUGUCCAUGAACUUGUACACCAUGUACAUACUGAUGGACAAAUGGCCCUUGGGGAACAUUGCCUGUGACCUCUGGCUGGCAGUGGAUUAUGUGGCCAGCAAUGCCUCAGUCAUGAACUUGCUAGUGAUCAGCUUUGACAGAUACUUCUCCAUCACAAGGCCACUGACUUACAGGGCAAAGAGGACACCGAAGAGAGCCGCCAUUAUGAUUGGGCUAGCUUGGCUGGUCUCUUUUGUCCUUUGGGCGCCACCCAUUCUAUGCUGGCAGUACUUUGUAGGAAGGAGAACUGUUCCUCAUGACGAGUGCGAAAUCCAGUUUUUAACCGAGCCCGUGAUCACGUUUGGAACGGCAAUUGCUGCUUUCUACAUCCCAGUGUCAAUUAUGACCAUCCUCUACUGGAGGAUCUACAAGGAGACGCAAAAACGGACAAAAGACCUUGCAGAGCUUCAAGGACUCACAACUGGGAAUGUCCCAGAGGCGAAUAAACCACAGAAGACAAUGAUUCGGUCUUGUUUUCAUUUCCCCAGAGAGAGAAGAGACCAGAGUCAGGCCUCCUGGUCUUCGUCUACUCAAAGUAACGUAACUAAAAUGACCAGUAGGUCAGAUGAAGCAUGGGUGAAAGCAGAUCAGAUCACUUCUUUCAACAGCUAUACAUCAUCAUCAGAGGAGGAGCAUCGGGUUUCAAUGGAAACCCCACAAGGAUCAUUCAAAGAGCAGCAGACGGGACAGAGUAACAAGAACGGGGAGGUUCCAGAUAAUCCAGAGGAAGAGUGUUGUUCCACUCCUCAGAAGAAGAGACAUAAAAGCUUAAUUUCUUACAAGUUCAAAGGUUGCUCAAAGGGUAAAAAUUACAAUCCACCAAGUCCAAAACCGUGCCCUCCAGACCCAGAGCAGCCGGUCAAAAAGCCGUCUAUCUCUUCAUCCUCCAUGGCUUCUAAGCCCAUAGACUCCGCCAUGAAGAACAGGAUCACCAAGAGAAAGAGGAUGGUGCUUGUGAAGGAGAAGAAGGCAGCCCAAACCCUCAGCGCCAUCCUCCUGGCCUUCAUUCUCACAUGGACGCCGUACAACAUCAUGGUUCUCAUCUCCGCGUUCUGCUCCAAGUGCAUCCCUACGUCCCUUUGGCACUUGGGCUACUGGCUGUGCUACGUCAACAGCACCGUCAACCCGAUGUGCUACGCUCUGUGCAACAAGACCUUCCAGAAGACCUUCCGCAUGCUCCUGCUCUGCCAGUGGAGGAAGAGGAGGCGAGGCAACAACAAAAUGAACUGAUGUGGUGGUUAAUGCUUUUUAUCCCCACAUGACGGAGUGUUGAUAUUUGCUAGUAUUCAUUUGCAGUGUGGUGGUCUUUGUAUUUAAUAUAUGUUGGUAGUAAAUGAGAAAAAGUCAAAAUGACCGGAAGGAAAGUUUACUCAGCAUAUUAAAGUAGAUAAGCACCCUACAAAGAGAAAGAUGUGUAAAAAAAACUAUCUUUUAUAGCAGUAGCAAACACUGAGAAUUUGCAUUGAGAAUUUCACAAAGUUCAAGAGGAAAAAGAGGAAAAUCUAAUCAGUUUAGUCUCUUAAUUUAGGUCUGGAGGUUGAGGUUGAUUUUGUGUCUCAUGAACUUUUUUUUCCACCAAUUCUGCCAUGGAUGAUUUCGAUUAUUAAUCUGCUUCUAAACUAUUUAAAUUUUUUUUCUGAUAGAGACUACAUGUUUUAGCUUUAAAAAAUCUGGUAAUUUCAAAUAUGUCAAGAUGGCCUGCCUUGCAUCAAGGUAUAAGAGAAACAAGCCUCCGCCACUUUAAAUUGUUGGAGUGCUUACAAGUAUAGCACAUCUGAUUUAGUCCUACCACUAACAAAAUGUUUCAGAAAUUCAAGCAAAAAUUUAGUAUUUAUUUGCAGAAUAUGAGAAAUGGUCAAAAUAAUGAAAAAUACACAGUGCUUUCAGACCUCAAAUAAUAAAAUAAAAACAAGCUCAUAUUAAUUUAGAAACAACAAUACUAAUGUUUUAACUCAGAAAGAGUUUAGAAAUUCAUAUUUGGAGGAAUAACCAGGAGGUUUUCAAUGGGGGUCAGUGCAUUUUUUCCAGACCUAUACAUUUCUUCUCCUUCUCAAUUUUUAAUUGUGUGAGUAUACUACUGCAGUAAAAGAUGGAUUUAUUUUAAGGCUUUUUGCACAUUUUUUUCCAGUAUAUGUGUGUAUUUAGAAGGAGUUAAAGGCUUUACAAAAGUUACCCUGAAUGAACAUACCUCGGAUUUUCAAACACUUUUGUAUAAAAGAGCCGAUGUGAACGCAUCAAGGAACCAAAAUGUUUCUUGAAACAUAUGGCUUCAGAUGAUGAUGCCUCCAAAUCUCAGAAUGAAGAAUUUGUCAUUUGUGUACCAUGGUGGUUAAUGAUGCCGCCACUAUUCACAGCAAGAAAAGCUGAUUAAAUUAAAAUAAUUCAGUGUAUCUUUUCUAGGUGUUGUUUUCAAUCUGUGUUUCUGGGUCCAGCAAAAGCUACAAAAGUGCAAAAAGCUUGAAGUGCUAGUUUAUGACAGCUGUUAAUGUCAUUGUAUUUGUUGCAUUGUACUGAUCUUUUCCCAUGCAGAUUCAGAUACACAGGUUGAUUUGAGAAGAUGUAAUUUUUAUUGUGACGCAUCUGAAAAAUUUCCUUAUUCUUCAUCCGGCCACAUUAAUUUGUGCUUUCUUAUUACGAGAUUACCCUUCAUUCACUUGCUUAUUGCUGCUAAUGCUACUUGCAUUUCCAGUAUUUCUUUUCUUGCUGGUUCUUGAUGUGUUUUAUCUGGAAAAGUAUUUUGUUUUGAGACUGACAACUCAGCUGUUAGUUAUGUCUUCUGAAUAAAAUUCUAAAUAUGACUUUAUCAACAAGGGGGAUGUGAGGUAUCUGUGACUGUGACUUUAAAAAAAAAAGGAGUUCAGUCACUUUUUCUCAAAUUAAGAUAGAAGAAAAUAAACUUUGUGUAUUUAAAUGUCAAAAAUUGCAAAUAAUUACACUAUAGUUCUCAAAGGUGUGCAAAAACCAGCCAGGUUUUUGUGAUAUGAAACCAAAAUAAAGCUUUUUUGACUUUAUUUUAUAUUUAAAAAAUUCUGUACAAUUUAACUUUAAAGUAACUUAAUAUUUAAAAAAUGAAAGUGGCAUCCACUGAUCCUAAAAAAACUCUUAUUCCAGCUGUUAAUUUUAUGCACAACAAAACAUUUUUUUAAGUAUUAAUAAAGGCAACCCCAGAGCAUGACGCUGCCACCACCAUGCUUCACUGUGUCUGUUUUGUUCCUAAUUUGUGUACCUUUUCAAUUUGUGGCCCAGGUGUUUAUUUUCUGGUUUCAUCAGACCAGAAAACAUUCUUCCAUCUAGUUUUAGGAGAUUUUAUUCAAGCCUGGAUGUGUCUUUAAAAUAAAAAAGAUUUUACCAUGGAAUCCUAUUCAUAAAUCCAGACAUGUAGAGCACAGGUGUCAAACUCGAGGCCUGUGGGCCAAAUCCGGCCCAUCAUGCUUAAAUAUAAUGUUAUCAAUCAAAUCAAUGCAGUUUGUAUCUGUUUACUGCCAAAUUAUAU